AUGCUGCGGAGAGACACCUCGCAGGGUGUCAGCCUCAGCCCUGGAUGCUGCGCCGCAGAAUGGGAUACGCCGACCCAUCGUCGGCAGAUACUUUAUGGGAAAAACUACAUUAAAAGUGCGCAACAGUUUAGCCGACUCAAAGGGGACGAGGCAGGAAAUUGGACGGGUCCGGUUAAUUUCUCGGACGAUGGAUCUCUGAAGCCGGCCAGAAAUGGAAGGAAAAGGUAUCUGGAGAAUUAUGAAGGCUCCUUCGAAUACAACUCCACUGCAUGCAGGGAGCUUAGACAAGAGAUUAUGGAUGUCAAAGUCCUGACAAUAAAACAGAACUGUACCAGAAAUCCCAACAGUAAUGAAGCCAUGAGGCCUUCCACUCAGAAUCCGCUAUUUACAGACAGGGUGAAAACCUCUGAGCUGUUUGAGAGAUGGAGAAACCUGCAGGUGUGCAAAUGGAGCCAGAGCAAGGAGGGGACCAACAGCUUCAAGAUGUCCCUGUCACGCUGCUGCAAUGCUCCCUCUUUUCUGUUCACCACAAAGAGAAACACUCCGGCAGGGACCAAGCUGAGGUAUGAGGUGGACACCAGUGGGAUUCUGCCCAUCACCUCGGAGAUAUUCAAGAUGUUUCCAGAUGACAUGCCUUAUUCAAAAUCACAGUACAAGAAAUGUGCUGUCAUCGGAAACGGUGGCAUCAUCAAGAACAGCAAAUGUGGGAAGGACAUUGACGCUGCAGAUUUUGUCUUUAGAUGUAAUAUUCCACCCAUUAAUGAAAAGUACUCAGCUGAUGUUGGAACCAAAACAGACUUGGUCACCAUAAAUCCGAGCAUUAUCACAGAAAGGUUUCAAAAGCUAGAGAAAUGGCGUCGCCCUUUCUACCAGGUUCUCCAAAACUACGAGAACUCUUCGGUCGUGCUCCCGGCUUUCUACAACACCCGCAACACGGACGUCUCCUUCCGAGUGAAGUACAUGCUGGACGACUUUGACUCUCAGCGAGGGGUCUUCUUCUUCCACCCGCAGUAUUUGCUAAACGUGCAGCGGUUCUGGGCGGUGCAGGGCGUCCGGGCGAAGAGGCUGAGCAGCGGCUUGAUGCUGGUGACCGCUGCCUUGGAGAUGUGCGAGGAGGUCCAUCUCUACGGGUUCUGGGCCUUUCCCAUGAAUCCCUCCGGCAUCUUCAUCACGCACCACUAUUACGACAACGUCAAGCCGAGACCGGGCUUCCACGCGAUGCCUCACGAGAUUUUCAAUUUCAUCCACAUGCAUACUCGUGGGAUUGUCAACUUACACACAGAGCCUUGCAUGUGA